AUGUCUCAACACAAUAAUUAUCCUACACAAUAUCCACAACAACAAUGUUAUCAAUCACAACCAGCAUCACAACCAGCCUCACAAUCACAGCAAACUACACAAACUACACAAUACACUCAGCAAUAUCAUGAUCAAUAUCCGCAACAUCUACAACAAACUCAGAUAGAGUAUAUGCCAAUUUCGUCAUCAAUUUAUGAAAACUAUGCUAUUCCUUAUAAUAAUAAUAAUUCACAAGCUAUUCCUUCUUCCAUUUCUUCCAAUUCUUCACAACAAAAUUUAUUAGCCAGCCAACUUCAACCACCAUUACCACAACUUCAUUCAUCCUUACAAACAUCACUAUAUCAACAACCACAGCCACCAACACCCCAGUACCAACAGCAACAACAUCAAUAUCAAUUGCC